AUGGCUGCGGCCGUCUGGGGAGGCCAGCACCUCCAGCUUCACGUCGAGCUCGCAAGGUGGUCCCAACCCCUGAGCGGCGGCGGCGGCGGCACAGAGUCGAUCGACACUGACUCCAGGUCCAGCAGGUUCAGCAGGCCCAGCAGAGUGGAGCAGCGGCAGGGAGCCCAUGGAAGAGCAUUGAGUGCUUGA